AACGAUCGACCAGGUGCGGACGCCAGCAGGGAGCGCUCACAGCUGCAGCAGCUCCCUUUGCCCCCGGCCCUUGCGAAACAAGUCCUGGAAGUCGGGGCUGGCAGUCGUGGGGGAGGCAGGACGCUCGCCGCCAGACCGCCCUCCCGCCCUUUAAUCCGUCCCGCCCCCAGCAGAGUUCAACCCAGCCCCACACUAUGCACAAAGCGGGACUGCUGCUCGGUGGCUGGACUCGAGCGUGGAGGUGGGUAAGAAUGGCCAGCUCCGGGGUGACUCGCCAAAACCCACUCGCGAAUAAGGUGGCCCUGGUCACUGCCUCCACCGACGGGAUUGGCUUCGCCAUCGCCCGACGUCUGGCUGAGGAUGGGGCCCACGUAGUCAUCAGCAGCCGCAAACAGGAGAAUGUGGACCGUGCCGUGGCCACGCUGCGCGGAGAGGGGCUGAGUGUGACUGGCAUCGUGUGCCACGUGGGGAAGCCAGAGGAUCGAGAAAGGCUGGUAGCCAUGGCCGUGAAGCUUCACCAGGGAGUUGAUAUCCUGGUCUCCAAUGCCGCUGUCAACCCUUUCUUUGGAAGCCUACUGGAUGUCACAGAGGAGGUGUGGGACAAGGUUCUGAGCAUUAAUGUGACGGCUACGGCCAUGUUGAUAAAAGCGGUGGUGCCAGAAAUGGAGAAACGAGGAGGCGGCUCGGUGGUCAUCGUGGGUUCCGUAGCAGGCUUCACUCCAUUCCCUGCUCUGGGCCCUUACAAUGUCAGUAAAACAGCUUUGCUGGGUCUUACUAAGAACUUCGCCGCAGAGCUGGCCUCGAAGAACAUUAGAGUGAACUGCUUGGCGCCUGGACUCAUCAAGACUCGUUUCAGCGCUGUGUUAUGGAAGGACAAAUCAAAAGAGGAUAUCAUAAAAGAUAGCAUGAAAAUUAAAAGGCUAGGCAAACCAGAGGAUUGUGCCGGCAUAGUUUCUUUCUUGUGCUCUGAAAAUGCCAGUUACAUCAACGGCGAGACGGUAGUGGUUGGAGGAGGAACCCCUUCUCGCCUCUGAGGACCGCCUCUAAGGACCAAGAGACAGCCUCCCAGGGCAGAGGUUAACUCCAGCUGGUGUGUGUGGGAAGGGUGCAAUCCACCUUGUCUCUGUGGCCCUUCCUUGCCGCUGAUUUUGUUCACCCCACAAAAUCAGCUCCACCCGGUAAUAAAUCCCUGCUUUCUCUGUGGUCAAAGUGUGGUCAGAUGAGCAUCCCUGCUGUUGCUAUGGCCUUGUAAAAAGGCUUGGGGCGGGGCGGGGUGGGGGGGCGUGGAAAGGACUUCCUGAGAAGGCUGUAGCUACCUUGAUGAAGACCAAGUCCCCCUUACCCGCCCCCUCCCCCGUCUCUGGAGAAUUUGAGGGGAGACAGAAGGGACCUGGAGUGAAAGGAACAGAAAUGAAAAUUAACAAUUUACAAAUAAGGUACCAAUAAAACGAAGAUGAUCGCGUUGCUCUGCA